AAGUUCUUUCAAAGAAUAUCACAGGGACCCUUUGAGCUAGGCAGUCAAAGCAGAUAAAGCGGAGGUCAAAGAACAGAAACCAAGUAGACUAAGCAUGAACAACCCAGAACAGUGAAGGUGGAAUAUAAGCGAGGUUAAAAGGUACGGCCAUAUAAUCGUUUUGCUAGGGUUCAGUGAAGAUUCGGACACAGCUCAGUGAGCUCCAUAUAUAUAAAGGAGUCUUGCUUCCAAAUUAUUCGCAUUCUACUUCUAACCUCCAUCGACACAGGCUAACACUGACUUGAAAUUUCACCAAAAGCUACUUUACGAAGGCUCCUUUUAUCUCAAGCUCCGUUUCAAUUAUGGCUCCUUCUGGAUCCUCAAGAAAAACCGUUGUUCCCGACGUGAAGCUCAAUACGACUGAUCUCGAAAGCCUGAGUGGUGAUGAUCUCUUCAACUAUGUAUUCUUCGAAAUAGAUAUUCUUCGCACGACGCUGUUCGCUGAACUGAGUGCCGAGGCCGCGAUCAAAGAGUGGAAAAAACGGGCGCCUGAUCCGAGUGAAGAAAGACAGGCCACUCUCCCCCAAGAGGCCAAGGAUGCCCAAGAUUUUAUACUAGAGGCAGAGCACUUUCUAGUAGCUUCCAGGGUGAUAACUCAGGCCUUUCAGGAUAAGAAGUAUCGGCUGAAGCUGGCCGAGAAUCCCCAGGCGCUGCCUGUGAACCUGAAAGAAUUGUGGAAUGCAAUGCGAUCGAUGGGGUUGUCAUACUAUGGAGGCAAGAGACUCUCUGUACCGUAUUUGGGACCAAAACUCGAGAGUACUCACGAGAAUUCGAGAAGUUUGCCAUUUAUGUUGACUAUCAAGAACACCUGGACCGAAAAGAAGGAGAUACAACCGAAGACAGUUUUCGCGAAUCUAUUGUGUUCGAAUCCAGCUACCUGGCACAUGUCUUGCGCACGCUUGGACUGGGGAAACGUGUUGAAGAGAAAUGGAAACUAA